AGGCUGCUGCGCGCAGGGAUGCCGGGUCCGCGCCGCGUCCUGCAGCGGCGCUGCCCCUCCCCUCGCCCAGAUGUGUUAAUCCUCCUACAACAAAUCCUUCAACCUGCUCCCCGCCGCCCCCUCCCAAAGCGUCAACUUCCUCCAGCCCUGCCGAGGCUGCAGCCGAGGGGGCUGUUGGCGGCGGUGUCUAGGCGGGAAGGAGCGACGCAGAAGCGGCGGCUGCGGCGGUGGGGACACUGGGGCCCGCGGGCUGAAGAGUCCGGGCGGCGUGUCCGUAGCUUGCUGGGCUUGUGUAGGUCCUGCUCCCGCAGCCAAGCCCGGAGCACUAUGCGCGACCGAGCAGCUUGUGUGCCUGUGUGUGUUUGGGGGAAAAGGGACGAAGAGGAGGGUUAGGGAAGGAGGAUGGGUGAUGAAAUAGGAGUGCAGCCCUGGCAUCCCGACCGGCCGGAAAGCCCGCGUGGCAGACUGGUCGGAGGAGAAGGGACGCAGCGGUUGCCGACGCACUGCCAGCCGCCCGGCACCCGGCUCCCGAGGAUGUGCAAGGGCCGGAGCGUAGAGAGUUACGGAACAGACCCUGCUCCGGAAAAGGGGCCGGGUUGCUGCUGGAGUUGAAAUGAAAGGAUCAGAGACAAUUUCAAAAUGAAGUACUUCAGCCUCAGGGGCCGUCCCGGCUGGAUGUGGAUUCCUGGAGGUGGAUGCUGCAGCCCUCGCUCUGGAACGCCAGCCAGAAGCUAUGCCUCGGCUCCGGUAACCUGCUGAGACACACGCUUCGGAGCCCGUUGCUGCCACCUGCGGGUGAAAAGCUGAAGAGCGAAGCAGACUGGUCCAGGUGGCGUCCCCUGGGGUUUGGGUGUCGGGAGCCAAGGGUCAGUGUUUUCUUUAUAGACCUGAGCCGCUUGUCAAAUCAUUUCUAACUUUCCCAGGAAGUGAAGGUGUGGUGUAGAGAUCCGCUGAGGUACUGAGUCCUUGGUAUGAAGGGGCAAGAUUGGUAAUUAAAGAGAACGGUUUAGGAAACUAAAUAGCAAGUAUCUUCCCACACCCUCCGAAGAGAUUAAGACUGUUGAAACCACAUCAAGCAAAGAGCUUUCCCUAGCAAGUGGGAUUUGGCCCUACUGAGAAAAUGGUAUUUGUGUAGGAUAAUAUUAUGCUGGGAACCACAAAUACGGACCCCAAAUGAUUGCUUCCUUUGAGUAAAUAAUGAUGUAUCAGAAUGACUAAAUAUAAAUAAAUUGAAUAGGGCAUAGGGACCCUAGUCCCCAGAAGCGUGGGACUGAAUUUUCAGAAAUGAUUUGUCAACUGUACACAGUGGAAAAGAGAUUUGACUUGUUGACUUGUUAAAUUUGUAGAAUGUGGAUAUUUUGUUACUAUAAUGAGAAUGCCCGAUUUUAAUCGCCCCAGUUGUAAAUGGCCUUUUCUCUGAAAAGUGUCUUUCGAAGUUUAAUGAAAUGAUGAGAGCCCAAUAUGUGCUCUUACCCAUGGAAGGGCCUAACAAGUAAUAGCUGCUCCACAAUACUUGGUGAAACUGAAGCCAGAGGUGUCUGGUGGCAAGUGUUUCUUUUCGUUGUUAUUCUGUUUUUACACACAGGUUAGCUGUCCAGUAGCUGCUGGGGGUGCAGGUAUUUUGUAUUGCCAAGCAAAAAGAAAUCUGUAAGUUAAUGCUUUCUAAUGCUUAAAGAAGCUGUUGCCAUAUUAUGAAAAUCAUUCUGUUCCCUUUUAAAAUUCAUAAUUGCAACAGUGCAUUUCUGUGGAUUCAUCUAUAAUCCUGCAAUGGUUUCCCUGCAACCAGCAACAGCCUGAGUGGCCUUUAGGCUCUACAGGUAAAAGGAUAACAUAACGCUGUCUGUAGCUGACUCUCAGCACCCCACGCAUAGUCCCUGGAUUCUUGCCCUUUAGAACAUGCCCAUCUUCUUUCUGCAAGCACCUGGGACUGUUAGAGGCUUUUUCUGCCCACAGGAGGUGCUUGACUGGGAGUGAAGGUACAGCCUCAAGAGCAACCUUCACCCAUUAAUGGAUGGGAGUUGGUGGAUAAAUUUCCCAACUUUCUCAACCCAGAGGUGUGAAACCUUGAGGCAUGCUCGUUCCUGCCUUCUGAAUUAGCUUCCUUCCCUUCCCUUAACCAUUUCCCUACUGCUCUACCGGUGCUUCCUGAGAUCAACUCAGCAAUAAACCACUUCACUCAAAUCCUGUGUCAGGGCUGCCUCUGGAGAAACCCAGCAGAAGGCAGUCUUUAGGAGUUUUUAUUCCUGAUCUGACAUCAUUGUCACUGUUCUCAGAAGAGUGAACCAGAAGUGCGUUCAGUGUUGCACCUGCCGUUGCAUUUACUGCAUGCACCCACUGCCUUACGUGCUGCCCCUAUAUCAUCUCGUUCAUUACUCACAGGAAACUGGUAAAAUUUGUAAGUCUAUACGUGGGGAACGCCGUGUCAGGACCCCUCGUUGCCCGGGUCGUCCUCGUCGUGCCGGAAGCAGCUGUCGGCCUCGGCCUCGGCCUCACCGCACUCCCUCGUAGUCGUCGUCCUGUGCAAGAGCUCUGAGCCCUGGUGGGCGCCGGGGCCUCGGUCGUCACGCAGGACUCGGCCAGUCGCAGGACUCGGCCUGCAUGCCGCGCCGCUCCGCCUCCGCCUCGGUUCCCAGGACCUGCUUGCGAGUGACGUCCGCGCGCUCCCGGUCCUGCCUUCGCUCGCUUCCCGCUUCCUGCUUCCUGCGCAUCACGGAGGAGUCCAAGUUGGCAGGAAAUGCAUCUACGACCACAACUGUGAUAGACAGCAAGAAUGGAUCUGUGCCCAAAUCCCCUGGAAAAGUGAUAAAGAGGACAGUCACAGAAGAUAUAGUGACAACAUUCAGCUCCCCAGCAGCCUGGCUUCUGGUCAUUGCUCUGAUCAUCACGUGGUCAGCUGUGGCCAUUGUUAUGUUUGACUUAGUGGAUUACAGAAACUUUUCAGCAAGCUCUAUUUCCAAGAUUGGCUCAGAUCCUCUAAAACUUGUACAUGAUGCUGUGGAGGAAACCACGGACUGGGUCUAUGGCUUCUUUUCUUUGUUGUCUGACAUCAUCUCGUCUGAGGGUGAUGAAGAAGAUGAUGAUGGAGACAAGGACACUGAUAAAGGAGAAAUAGAGGAGCCUCCCUUGAAAAAAAAAGAAAUACACAAAGAAAAGACUGAGAAGCAGGAGAAAACUGAAAGGAAAAUACAAACUAAAGUUACACACAAAGAGAAAGAAAAAGACAAAGAAAAAGGAAAACCUGAAAAGAAAGCAAUUCACAAGGAAAAAAUUGAGAAAAAAGAAAAACCAGAAACAAAGACAGUGGCAAAAGAAGAGAAGAAAGCUAAGACUAGAGAAAAGACUGAAGAAAAGAUUAAAAAGGAAGUGAAAGCUGCAAAACAGGAGAAGGUGAAGCAAACAGCUGCAAAAGUAAAAGAAGCACAGAAAACAUCACCUAAGCCCAAAGAGAAGGACAAGAAAGAUGCUGCAGUGGUGUCCAAGCAUGAACAGAAAGAUCAGUAUGCAUUCUGUCGAUAUAUGAUUGACAUAUUUGCCCAUGGGGAUUUAAAACCAGGACAAAGCCCAGCCAUACCACCUCCAUUACCAACACAGCAAGCUUCUGGACCCACUUUGGCAUCACCAGCUCUUGAAGAAAAAGAAGAAGAAAAGAAGAAAGCUGAGAAUAAAGUGACUUCUGAAACAAAAAAGAAAGAAAAAGAAGAUGUCAAAAUGAAAACUGAGAAGGAAACUGCCAUGGAUGUAAAGAAAAAAGAUCCUGGCAAAGUCCCAGAAGCCAAACAAGGGACAAUAAAAGUUGCAGCACAAGCAACAACUAAAAAAGAUGAAAAGAAGGAAGAUUCCAAGAAAACAAGAACAACUGCAGAAGAACUACCCAAGGGAAAAAAACAGGAAAAGAAAGAAAAACAUAUAGAACCAGCAAAGCCACCAAAGAAGGAACAUUCAGCUCCAAGUGAAAAACAAGUUAAAGCAAAAACUGAACGAGCCAAAGAAGAGGUUGGUGCUGCCUCAACUAAAAAAGCUGUACCUGGAAAGAAGGAAGAGAAAACAACCAAGACAGUGGAGCAAGAGAAUUUUCAUCACCAAAACCAGGAUUUGGCAAAAAUUAGAAAAGAAAAAUCCGGAAAGACGUCUUCAGUUCUGAAGGAUAAAGAGCCUAUUAAGGGAAAAGAAGUGAAGGUUCCAGCUUCCCUAAAGGAAAAAGAACCUGAAAUUAAAAAAGAUGAAAAGAUGUCCAAAGCAGGCAAAGAAGUCAAGCCCAAGUCUCCACAGCCACAAGUAAAAAAAGAAGAUAAGCCGGAGUCACAAGUUAAAAAGGAAGCAAAACCAGCUUCAUCUGAAAAAGCUCAAAUACACAAACAAGAAAAGACUGUUUCUCAUGGUAAACCAGAUGAAAAAGUUAUCAAGCAGGCAAAAGUUAUCACAAUAGAAAAAACAGAAAAAACUGAACAUCAAGAAAAAGAAUCUCCAUCUAUAAAAACAGACAAACCAAAACCAACUCCACAGGAAACAUCAGAAGUAACAGCAUCAGUGAAGAAGAAAAUUGAAAAAUCUGAAAAGGAAAGUAAAGAAAAAGCAGAAAUGAAACAUCUUAAAGAAGAAAAAGUGCCAACUAGAAAAGAAAGUCUUCAAUUACACAAUGUGACAAAAGCAGAAAAACCUGCAAGAGUAUCAAGAGAAGAUUCUGAAGAUGUACCAGCUUCAGCGAAAGCUAAAGAAGAAGCUGAAGAUGUGUCUUCCACAAAGAAGCAAAAAAGCCCCAUCAGCUUCUUCCAGUGUGUCUACUUGGAUGGAUACAAUGGCUAUGGAUUUCAGUUUCCUGUCACUCCUGCACACCGCCCUGGAGAGAGCUCUGGCCAACCAAGUACUCCAGAACAGAAGCAACAAGGACGAUAAGACACAUAUACACAGCCCUUACAAGUGCUUUAAGACUUUGAAAAUAGGAUCUUCUGUUUGUCCAGAGUGGCACGUGCAAUUGAAAUCAUAUAGUCCAGGGAAUUUCUCUGAAAAUAUUUUACCCUCCUGCCUGGUGUAGAAAGAAAGAGUGAGCAAAGGGAUCGAAUGAUAAGUAGACGAGUUGGAGGGUCUGGCGCUCAAGAAUCUGUCAUUUGUUUGUUGCUGGGUGUGGGUACUUAUAUUUUUCUAUUUCCACUCGCUGUAGGGUUGUUCACAAAUUAGGUUACAUUUUACUUAAUAAUGGUCUUUUAAACAUAAUUGACACAAUGACAAAAUGAAAUUUCUGGCUUCAGUUAGAUAUUUACUUUGAAGUGAAAACACGGACUAUGCUUCAAGUUUAAAGGGUGUAGGAGCUCAUACAAAGGCUGCUCUUUUGCAUCAUGUAGGUGUCUAAACUCAAUUUACCCAGUAAGCUGAUGUUUAAUAGUUUGUUUUAACAUCUUUAUUGGAUUACAAUUGCUUUACAAUGGUGUGUUAGUUUCUGCUGUAUAACAAAAUGAAUCAGUUAUACAUAUAUCCCCAUAUCCCCUCCCUCUUGAGCCU